AAGUUACAAGAAAACUGGAAAACAUUUUAUGUAUACACCAAGUAACGGUAUCAUAACCUCAGGAUGUAAUGCACAAUUCACUACAGAAUAAACAUUAUUUGGGAAUCGAACAGUCUAAAAAUUAUUUAUUCAUUAUGCUUUAACAUUACAAAAACAACAAAAAAAAGUCCCAAUAUGCAGAACAAUUAACAAUCUAAUUGCGUCAUGGUGUAUAGGAGUGUCUAAGGGUGCUUGUUUAGUUUCGAUAUUCUCUGCUUCAACUCGGUUCAUUUUGUAUGUCUUGUUUAUUGUAUCAGAGUACUCUAACGAAUGUCAGUAGGUACUCGUAACUUUUAUCCAAAAUAUUAAUUACUUUGUUUAUUAUUUAUGUGGAUGUUUUUUAAAAAAUCGAGUUACCUUUAAAACGUAAUAGGGAAUACAUGGCUGAUAAUGCUUCCUUGUUGGUUGUGGAAAAUCUUCCUGACACCUUUGACUCUAUAAAACUUAAGUUGGCUUUAUAUUUUCAAAACAAGAGGAGAUCUGGAGGAGAAGUUUUAGAAAUUAGGGAUCACCCCGAAGACAAACGAAAAGCACUUCUUUUAUAUAAGGAUGAAGAAGCUAAACACAAAGUGUUGGCCAAAGGAAUCCACGAAGUUGAUUUUAAGCAACUGGGCGUUGUGAAGCUCCAGGUUAGACCGUUUGAAGAUGCACAGAAUGAAGUGAAACCAAUAGCCCAGCAUGUUAGACUGGAAAACAGUGUUCAGUUAGGAAACGCUGCAGCAAGCUGGCCUGCAAAGACCGUUUGUGAAGAGGUAGAGGUAGAGACACCGGCCCAUAAAGGAGAUUACUCAGUGUUACUCAGCAGCAACGGCCCUGUUGAUGAAGAAUACCUCAGAUUAUACUUUGAGCAAUACUCUGAAGAUAUUGAAAUUACCAAAAAGGAAGAGAACAGGUGGAUUCUGAAGUGUCCAAACAUAAGUGAGCUAGAAGAAGCGCUGCAUGUAAAAGAGCACACUGUGGACGGCUUUCCCAUCUAUGUUGAAUUGUACGAUGAAAAGGCAGAGGAAGAGAAGUGCGACCCAAGAAGGUUCAUUUUGACUGGCUUCAGUGAGGACACCAAGCUGAGCUUCAUUUCUGUGUACAUCCGGAGCUGCAGCAAGGGAGCUGAGCACUCCUGGGAGGUGCUGGACAGUGAAGGACUGAAAAUAGUGGUUACCUUUAAGCAGGAUAUCGAUGUGAAAUCGUUUUUGCAGAAAUGUUCUAAAAAAAAGCUGCAAAACAAGGAGAUUGCAGCAUCACGUCUGGAGCUCACUGACUCUGUCCUGGUUCAAGGGAAAACCAGCAAGAUCAUGGAAGACGACACCUUGAAUCUGUAUUUUUCAAAUUUCAAAAGAAGCAAAGGGGGAACAGUAACAUCAGUGACUGUUGAAACGGGGACCGGAGGUGUCAUUGUAACAUUUCGGGAUUGUCUCGCUGCACAGCGAGUUGCUAAAGAACGGCACAUGCUAUAUGGAGAACAGCUGACCGCUCGUCUGUAUUAUAGGCGUUUCCAAAAGGCUCUGACUGGAGAAACCUGCCCCCCUCCAAACCUUCCUAGUAAGACAGUUUUCCCUGUGAACCCGCUGCUUCUCAAUUACAUCAAUUGCACAAAGAAAUACAAAGAUGAGCUUGAGACAGUUUUAAGGGGUGUUGAUUGUAAGGUUCACAUUCACAAUGAAGGAGAGAUACAACCUCAUCAAGCUGUGCUGGAACACACUUUUGACAGUGACUCGCUGUCGUUGUAUCGACUAGCUUCAAGCUGGGAAAGUAAUGCCAGGCAGGUGUUUCAUUCAUUUCUUGAUCAAUUUAAAGUACACAAUCUUACAAUAGAAAAGGAGGUAUGGGAUAAAAUAGCAGAUGAGUGCCUGGAAUUAAGUGACACUGAUUUAAAAGUAUCCUUUGAAGCUUCCGCCAGCAUGCUUGUUUUGGUUGGAGAGAAGGACCAAGUUAUCAGUGUCCGAGAUAAAGUAGAGCGCCGUGUGAAGAAAGCAAUGGAAGAGCUGUUAGAGAUAAGAAACACGAUAGAAAGGAAGGUUAUUGUAAAAAACAGGGAAGAACUACAUUUGCUGUGGAAUUUAGUCUACGACAAGCUUGAGGACGUUGGAAGUUCAAGUGAUGAUGGAGCCUUGGCAUUAUACUUGAAAGGACGCAAGGAUAAAGUGGACAAAGCAGAAAAAGUUGUCAAAGAGGCUAGGUCAACACUGAUUACUCAAGCACUAAACCUGCCAGCAUGUACAGCAGAGUUUUUAAAGUCACUGGAUCUGGAAGAGUUUAAGCUGGGUCAUUUUUUGCAGAAUGGCAUUAGAGCUGCCAUACUCAACCACAAAUUCUUAGAGAUCGUGGCUGUCCAAAAUGACGCCAAGAAAGCAGAAGAUAAAAUCAAAGAACUCCUAAAGGAUGAAGUCAUCAGUCUCACCCCUGAUCAGGUGAAAGCCACCAAAAACGAUGAAUGGAAUAGUUUUUUCAGUGAGCUCAAAGAGGAGGUGGAUUCCAGCAGCAGUGGCCGUGGUAUCAGCAUCACACAGACUGACACAAAGAUAACGUUAGCCGGCUUCUCCAGUGUUGUGGCAGAUGUUACGAGGAAGCUGAAAGGCUAUCUUGAAAACAAAAGACUUGUCACUGAGGUUAUCCACCUCAAAGAUGUGCAUUGGGUAGACUUCGUAGAAAGCGGCAUGAAGAUGUCCAAGGUACCUGAGAUCAAAGCCAUGGAUGUCACCAUACUGCCGAUGCGGACACAGGCUUCCCCUGGCUUAAAGGUCAGUGCAGUUGCGGACAGCAUUAAAAGUGCAGUGGCUGCUGUGGAAAAGCAGAUAGCUUUGAUUGUUUUUGAAAAGUGCUCGUACAACAAAGCUGGGGAAUCCAAGGUGCUUGAGAAACAUCAAGAUACCCUCAAGGCCAGGGCAAAAGAGUUUGGAUGCAUGUUAUGGCUAACGAUUCAGCAAGACACACCCACCGCUUUACCUGUUCUGGCCACUCAGUCCUACACUCACAAAUUAUGUGAUGCUUUUCAUUUAUACAUUACCCAAGGCCACAUAACAAAGAGAAAUGUGGAUGCUUUAGUAUGCCCAUUAAACGGUGACUUAACCUUUGAUAACUCUAUUGCUCAGGAAGUUCUUGGUGUUGGAGGGGAUGAAAUAAGGAACGACUGUGAGACGAUAUUAAAAGACAGGCAAGCAGUAGGAGCUGGGGAGGUGAUACUGACCUGCAAAGGAAAGCUCCCUGUUAAAGUAUUGCUUGUAGCUGUGACUCCUGUAUGGGGAAAGUGUAACUACACAGUAAGAGGGGUUCCCAUGGAAAAUAUGUACCUGAGCUCGUCAGUCCAUCGAUGCUUACAGACUGCAGAGGAGAAUCAAUGUGCUUCCAUUGCGCUGCCAGCUCUCGGCUGUGGAAGCUUUGGGUUCCCAGUCAGUGAAAGUGCCCAAGUCAUAAUGAAGGCAAUCCUGGAGUACUGUCAGAGCAAACAGAGCAGCCUGCAGAAUCUCAAAGACAUCUAUGUGAUUGAACCUGAUGGCAAGAUUAUCCAACAAUUGAAUGCCGCAAUAAAAGACUUGGCUUCUAAGCCGGGACAAACUAAUGCAACACGGAAAGCAGCUGCUACUCUACCUGCACUGUCACCUACAGCAGCUCCUCCAGUACCUGUAGCUUCCACAGCUCAUGCUACACUAACUUCCGUUAUGCUAAAAGCCCGAGCAGCGCCAACUGUUAAUGUAUCUGGGGUAACAGUAACACUGAAAAAAGGAGAUAUCUCCAAGGAGACUGUGGAUGCGAUAGUGAAUUCAACGAACAACAAUCUGAAUCUGGAUUCUGGUGUCUCUGGAGCAAUAUUGAGAGCUGCAGGGAGUUCUGUUGUUGACGAAUGCACGAAAUUAGGCGCUCAACCAAGUGACGGAGUGGUGUGUACAGGAGGAGGCAACCUCAAUUGCAAGCACAUUAUCCAAAUGGUGGGACCAACCACUGCAGCAGGCAUCAUAGUGUCUGUGGAAAAGGUUCUGCAGGAGUGUGAUAAUAAGAAAGUGACCAGCGUAGCAUUCCCAGCUAUAGGGACAGGAAGAGGUGCUAUUGGACACAAAGAUUCAAUUGUUUCAAUUUUGAAGGGAUUUGAGAACUAUUUUUCAAAAACAACUUCCACCAGCCUUCAAUCUAUUUUCAUGGUUGCUUUUGAGCAGAAGGUCUACGACUCUUUCAAAGAUUAUUUUGCUGAAAGAAAUCUGCAGUCGAGUGGAAACAUAAAAGCAACCAGUCAAGCAUCUGCUUUUGGGCCCCAAACUGUGCCUUCUGUACUGUCUUUCACAAAUCAAGGACAAGUUCUUGUUCAAAGCAUGCCGUCACCCUCUCAAGUAAAAAUCUGCAAUGUCACAGUAACCAUUAAGAAAGGUGAUAUUACUACUGAAACUGUUAAAGGGAUUGUUAACUCUGCAAAUACCUCUUUGAAUUUAAACAGUGGUGUAUCAGGAGCUAUAUUGAAAGCAGCUGGAAGUUCAGUUAAAGACGAGUGCAAAGCACUUGGCUCACAGCCAGCUGACGGGCUUGUGGUGACAAGUGGAGGAUCACUGAGCUGUGACUUUAUUCUACACAUGGUAGGACCAAAAACCCUGCUGGGAAUAGAAUCUCAGGUGGAAAAGGCCCUUCAGGAGUGCGAGAAGAAGCAGAUCACAACCGUUUCCUUUCCUGCCAUAGGCACAGGUGCAGGAAGACUAAGUCCCAAUGGUGUCAUUGAGUCAAUGCUGCAAGGAUUUAAGAAUCAUUUAUCUCUACAGAGAGCUUCAGUCCUCAAGCUAAUUUACAUUGUUGUGGUUCAAGACAAAAUCUUUGAUGAGUUUACGGACGGGCUGAAGCAGUGGACCCUUGAAGCUCAAGAUGAGUCUACUGAUAGCGAUGAUGACUCUUACUCCAAGUCUGAGUGUGAAUGUGAAGAUCUGUUCCCAUUGGUGAAAAAUAUUGAAAUAAAAAUUGGAUCCAUAAAAGUUCAAGCUGUAUGUGGUGACAUCACCCAGGAAAGAACGGAUGCAAUUGUAAGCAGCACCACCACGACUCUCAACUUAACAUCUGGAGUAUCUGGAGCUAUUCUGAAAGCUGCAGGCCAGUUGGUCGUGGAUGAAUGUACAUCUCUUGGAGUCCAGCAAAGUGAUGGCCUUGCAAUCACCAAACCAGGAAAUCUGCAUGUGAAACACAUCAUACACAUGGUUGGACAAACGACAGUGCCAGCUAUUACACAGUCUAUGCGUAAAGUUUUGAAAGCAUGUGAAAAUCUGAAUAUCAAAUCUGUCUCAUUCCCAGCACUAGGCACAGGAGCUGGUAAUUUAAGUGCGUCUGAAGUAGCCACUGCCAUGGUCAGUGCUGUCAGCAGUCAUGUAAGCGACCACGCGAAACCUUCUCUUAGUGCUGUCCGCAUUGUCAUAUUCCAGCAGAACAUGAUGCUUGAAUUUGAAAAGAGUCUGGCGAAGUUUAAAAAGGUGACGCCCCGUGCCAUUCCACAAGUGAAGGCAGUGAAAUAUCCAGUUGGUACAGUGGAAGUGUACAGCACAUCUAAAGAUGGCAUCUCCAAGGUGAAGGAAUGCAUCAAUGGCUUGAUCGCUGAAGAGUGCUCCAGCAGUGACAUCGACUCGGAACACAUCGGCCAUUUGCCCGAUGCAGAAAGGCAGCAGAUGGCACAGUUGUGUGAGAAGCACCAAAUCCAACUGGAAAUAGGACAGAGGAAAAUAACAGUAUCAGGGAAACGGGAUGACGUCCUGACCGCUGCCCUGAUGAUCAACAAGUUCAUUCAGAAUGCUAAGGAAAGGGACGGCAGGAAGCAGGAAAUAAAGAGGAUGAAGAAAAUAGUCCAGUGGGAGAUGUUUAUCCAUGGCAAGCCUAAGGCAUUUGGCUCUAGAAUAAAUUAUGAGCUGGAGGUGGCCUACCACAAAAAGGAGAAGACUUAUGUGUACAGUCACAAUGGGAAGUCUUACACAGUCGACAUGGGGAAGAUGCAGCAAGCUGAUCAGAAAGGAAACGUGAUCAAAAUCAAAAGAAUGCCUCUGACUGAUUCAGAGACAGCCAUUAUUGAGCAACCAGAAUCGUGGACUGACAUGAAGAAUAAAGAUUUUGAAAUAAUUGUGCUUGCACCAAACUCUGAGGAAUUCCUGAAAAUUUCAAAUGAGUUUGUAAAAUCAUGCAAUUCCUCAAGCAAUAAAAAUAAUGUUGAGGUAGUACAGAUUGAGAGGAUCCAGCACCUGAAACAAUGGCAGAGCUAUGCUGUGAAAAAGCAGACACUGGACAGGAAGUAUCCAAAAGCAACCAACGAGCGCAUUCUUUACCAUGGGACCACCAAAGACAUCUGUCAGAGAAUAAACAAAACAGGCUUUAACAGAAGCUUCUGUGGAAGAAACGCUACCAGAUUUGGGCAAGGAACUUACUUUGCCAAGGAGGCGUACUACUCUUGUCACAAUUCGUACUCCAACCCAGAUGAAAAGGGGCACAAAUACAUUUACAGAGCCAGGGUAAUCACAGGGAAGCUUUGCCAGGGAAUUGAAAAUUUAAAGGAGCCAACCCCGGUCAACGCCAAUGAUCCAAACUCUGAUCUCUGUGACUGUGCUGUCGACAGUGAAAAAAGGCCUUUUAUAUUUGUUAUUUUUUGUGAUGAUGGAGCCUACCCUGAGUAUCUUAUAACUUUUAAAAUGAUAAACUGAGCCUUGAGUUCAGGACUGUCAAACACAAGGGUAAUUUGUUAUUUUAUUACUAAACCAGUAUCACUGCUAGUUGUCCCUUCAAGCAACUUUUAAAGGAUCGUUUAAAAAAUUAAAACUAUGUAUAAUAUAUUAUUUUAAGCAGUUUUAAAAAGUUUGUAUCAUAUACUUUGAGUUCAAGACCAAAUUCAGUGCUUCCCUGUGGAAGGCAACUACAAACCAGUAUCAGGAAUUUAAGUUUGACAAUUUAUUAUAUGUUUAACUUAUGGUUUAUUAGUUCAAAAUCCCUCUCUCUUUGUACACACUAAUGAUGAAAAAGGUAAGCCAAGUUUACUUAUUAAACACCAAUCAUUGUGUUUAUAUGAGACUGCAGCUUUUUAAAUAUGUACUGUAUGUUUUCUGAUUAAGAAUUCACAUUUUCAGAGACCCUUCCUCAAUUUAUUCUGACACCAUCUAAAAAUCCACAACCAGGUGCAACAGUAGUGAAAAGGGUAUAAUUCCACGAUUUGACAAGAAAUCCAUGUUUCAUUCUUAUGAAAUGUGGAUUAUAAAUGCAGGGAGAUUAGCGCCCUCUAGUGGACCUUAUGAUCAUAACCUUAUUUUAUGGAACACUACUGCAACCAUCUGGUCUUGUUUUUGCAAAUGCGAUUAAAGUUGGAUUUUUUGUGUUA